GGCACACGGCCCCCCGCCCGGUCGUGGGCAGAGCACCCGGCGGCAGCGAUCGAGGCUUUGCUCCUGCUUCGGCUUCAGCCCCCCCAAUUCUUUAUAAAAAUCCCUCGCCAGCGCUUCCCUCUUUUGACAAAUCGGCCGCGGGGGAGAGAGAUAUAUAGAGCCAAUUUUUGCCCGAUUUGCCUGUCUGCUCGGGACUGAGCCGGUAUUCCUCUUCCUCGUCGACGAGAAUAAAUAAGCUAAGCCAGGGCCCCGGGGAAGAAGAAGAUGAGCUCCGCCGGAGGCAUGGACGGGUCUCCGCCGGUCGCCGAAUUCCAGCCGACGGUGACGCACGGCGGCCGGUUCCUCCGGUACAAUAUCUUCGGCAACCUGUUCGAGAUCACGCGCAAGUACCAGCCUCCCGUCAUGCCCAUCGGCCGCGGCGCCUACGGGAUCGUCUGCUCGGUGAUGAACUUCGAGACGAGGGAGAUGGUGGCCAUCAAGAAGAUCGCCAACGCCUUCGACAACCACAUGGACGCCAAGCGCACGCUCCGGGAGAUCAAGCUGAUGCGGCACCUCGACCACGAGAACAUCAUCGGCAUCAGGGACGUGAUCCCGCCGCCGAUCCCGCGGGCUUUCAACGACGUGUACAUCGGCAUGGAGUUCAUGGAGACGGACCUCCACCAGAUCAUCCGCUCCGGGCAGGAGCUGUCGGAGGAGCACUGCCAGUACUUCCUGUACCAGAUCCUGCGCGGGCUCAAGUACAUCCACUCCGCCGGCGUGAUCCACCGCGACCUCAAGCCCAGCAACCUGCUGCUCAGCGCCAACUGCGACCUCAAGAUCUGCGACUUCGGGCUGGCGCGCCCGUCCUCCGACAGCGACAUGAUGACGGAGUACGUGGUGACGCGGUGGUACCGCGCGCCCGAGCUGCUGCUCAACUCCACCGACUACUCGGCGGCCAUCGACGUCUGGUCCGUCGGCUGCAUCUUCAUGGAGCUCAUCGACCGCCGCCCGCUCUUCCCCGGCCGCGACCACAUGCACCAGAUGCGCCUCAUAACCGAGGUGAUUGGAACGCCGACGGACGACGAGCUCGGCUUCACCCGGAACGAGGACGCGCGGAAGUACAUGCGCCACCUCCCGCAAUUCCCGCGCCGGCCGUUCGCGAGCCUGUUCCCCCGGGUGCAGCCCCUCGCGCUGGACCUCAUCGAGCGCAUGCUCACCUUCAACCCGCUGCAGAGGAUCACAGUUGCGGAGGCGCUGGCGCACCCGUAUCUGGAGCGGCUACACGACGUCGACGACGAGCCCGUCUGCACGGAGCCGUUCUCGUUCGACUUCGAGCGGCAGGCUCUGACAGAAGACCAGAUGAAGCAGCUGAUAUUCAACGAGGCCAUCGAGCUGAACCCCAGUUUCCGAUAUUAGAGAUGGAUCGGAUCCGUGCACGAUUCCUCGUUAAUGCACGGUGUUUGUAAAUAGGCGUAAUAUAAGAUUGAAGGCUGCAUUUGUUUGUUUGUUUGUUUUGAUGUUCGAACCAAGGCAACCAUCCUGUGUCUGUGAGGCCGUGUAAUCUGUCGCUGCAGGUUUCAGGCGUCCCUGUAAUGACUAAUGAGUUGUACCAAACAUAAAAGGUUCGGAUCAAA